AUGUUAAAUCCCGCCAUUGAAGAUUUGGUUAUUAAUUAUGAUGAUUACUCCACUAUAACAAAAAUAUUCAAGGAAAAAAACGACUACGAUUAUUCUGAUAAAUAUGAUGUUGUUUUUAAAUAUGCCCAACGUGAAGAAAAUUGGAACGAACAAAAGUUUAAAACAACUUAUGAUCAAAUAUUUAGACAUUUAAAAAAUAGUUCAGUUAUGUUGUAUUAUAUGCAACAAGGUUGUAAAUACAUGAGCUAUUUCUUACAUAAACAUGUAACAAAUGAUCUUCAUCAUUAUUAUGAUUCAGAUUCUUUCAAAAUUUUGCAUAAAUAUGUGACAUAUUUUCAUAAAUAUGAAGGUAGUACUAGUAAUAAGUUAUGUUUGCCACACAUUGUUUACGUAAAUUACGAUAUGUAUAAGGAACUGAAUACUAUAUAUGAGUUGUAUAAUCUGUAUAAUAAUCUUCUACCAAUGAAUAGUCAAUGGGAAGAUUCAAAAUGUUUAUCAUUAAAAUCUUUCAUUAAUCAAUAUAAUUAUUAUAUCAAGAAGAUAGAUCCUACUAAUUUAAAACUUAAAGAAAUAUUAAAACCUUUUGAAAAUAACGUGAGAAAAACUAUAAAUGGUCUUGAUGGAAAAUGUACAAAUUAUACUUAUCCUUUAGAAAAUUUAGAACAAACUAAACCACCUGAAGAAAACAAACAACAGCGUACACAAGAAUUAGCACAACCUCAACCACAAGCAUUACAACAUCAAGAAGAAAAUCAACGAGGUGGAACAAGUACAGAAGAAACACAAUUAACAUUAACAUUAUCCCUACCCUCGUCACCAGAAUUAGGAAGUGUCACAACAGAAUCAGGUAUAGAGCAGGGCGUAGAAACAGACCUACGCUCAGGAAGAGGUCCAGAACCAGUAAUAAAAGAAGUCACAGUAAGUGAACUUCAAGAAUCACAUGAUUAUAUAACACCAAGAACACAUACACGCAAUGAAAGAAUUGGACAAUCACAAUAUAGACAAAGAGUAGAAUCCCCAGAACAAUUAGAAUUAACAGAUGACCGAUCAUUAUAUCCACAACAUGGAUUGGAAGGAGACCAAGGAACCAUGGGAAAAAUAACAGGUGCUAUUACUGGAGUUUUAAGAGAAGUUGAACCAGGACCUAUUCUUGGUGUAUCUGUUGGAUCCUUCUUUGGAGGAAGAAGAGGAAGAAUCCGUCAAAUUCCCAGUAGUUUUAGGGGGUUUCCACCAGGAGAAUUCCCAAAUUUUCAUGAAUAUGAUGGUGGGUUUAUUGGAUAUGGUCCAAUGAAUAUAAAUCCUUUCGCGGAAUAG